CAACCUUGGGACUUGGGACCUUUUGACCUGCCGUCAGUUUGACCGUCCCCAUGCUGCCACGUGUAUCGUCCCCCCUAGGCAAGAUGCCUAUAUAAGGGGGGGUCCCCAUAAUUUGUUUGCACUCACCUUUGGAUUUCUGCAAAUCUUGCCAUGCCGCGCUCGGCACCCACUCCUCCCGAUUCCAGUGAGAUGCGAGGAGAGACGCUCUCCUUCGGCAGCUACUCCCUCGGGGGCUCUUCUGCCAUUCCGACCAAGUCGGGGCCGAGCUCGACCCCGCCGCCCUCUCUGCGGGACUCUUGGGACUCGGACUCUGAGUCCGAGUCGGUACACCCAGAUCCUUCUGCCAAGAUCCCGGGUUUCAUCUACUAUUCGUCGGAGGAGGACGAGAAGACCCCAUCUCCGCCAGCUCCGCCGGUCCGUCGUGAGGUUGUCGCCCCUCCGGUUCCUGCCGGCCGCGGUGGCCGAGGCCGCCGCCCUCCAGCUCCUCCCGCAGCGGUUCCGAGCAAGAGCUCUGUGGCAUCCCACCAUUCGAGCCGGUGCUCCCUUGAAGACCCAGGCUCGCCCAGCUAUGACGAGUCUACCGGGCACUCCGUCGUCAGUCGAGCUCCUUCACCUUCCUACCCCCCGCCUUGCCCGUGCGAGCGUGGGUGGAACUGUGGCAUGCACUGAAGUUAACUCUUGCUUUAAUCAUUGUAAUGUGUUUAAUUAUUGUAAGGCAUUUGUGCCAUGCACUUGCCCGUUUUCCGGGAUGAAUAAAAUUUGGAUGUGAUU